GCUACCCAGCAUGCCCAACGGGAAGAGGCGAACGGAACCGCGUAUGGAUGGAGGUGGCGGGGCGCGCCGAGUGUGCUGCAAUUGUGUUUCGUGCUGUGGGCUUGUGAGGAGCAGCUGAAGAGUUCCCAGACGUUCUCCGAGUAGGCGCCCGCGCUUGAGGCGAUGUAAUGGCGGACCGCGCGCGCCCUUGGAGCCUGGAGGAGCUGCGGAGCGAGGAGCUGCCCAAGCGGGAGAUUGUCCACUUUCUGCAGGACCAAGCGGCGCAUAGGUUUCUUGCAGAGCACAAGUUGCUUGGUCAGAUAAAAAAUGUGGCUAAAACAGCUACUAAGGAUCAAUUAAUAACAGCAUACAAUCAACUCUUUGAAACCAAGAGCUUUAAAGACACAGAGAACACUGAACAAGUAGCAGAACAGCUAAAAAAUAUCAAGAUUGAUGAAAACCAGCCCAAAAAGACAAAAUCUGAAGAAGUUGCUGAUGAGGCUUCCCCAAAAUAUACAAAGUCAAUUCUGAAAAAGGGAGAUAAAACCAACUUUCCAAAAAAGGGUGAUAUUGUUCAUUGUUGGUAUACAGGCAAGCUGCAAGAUGGAACUGUUUUUGACACUAAUAUUCAGUCAAGUUCGAAGAAAAAAAAAGCAUCUAAACCACUGAGCUUCAAAGUUGGUGUCGGAAAAGUGAUUCGAGGUUGGGAUGAAGCCUUACUGACAAUGAGCAAAGGAGAAAAGGCUAAUUUGGAAAUUGAGCCAGAAUGGGCUUAUGGGAAGAAAGGACAACCCGAUGCCAAGAUUCCACCCAAUGCAAAACUUUUCUUUGAAAUUGAACUAGUAGAUAUUGAAUGAUAUAUUGUCUCCUCUUCAGUCUUGAAUAUUUGUGAAGACACAAUACUUCCAAUUUCAGGGAAAUGCAAAUGUGGCCUUUUAUCAGAUGGAGGAAUCAAGACUCUUAUUGCAAUUAUAGUACAAUGUCUGUAUUACUAAAAACUACUUUAUAUGUGGCUUUGACUGAUGUUUUGUAGCAAGGACUUGAAGAAAAUUCUCUAUUUAAGUAUUUUGUGCUGUCUAUGGAAAGACAUUUUAAGAUCAGGGUUCCUGAUUUGCUGCGUUAAAAUUUCUAUCCCUUUCAGCCCAAA